AACAAUGUAUACCGUCGCCGUGACCGGUGGUGCUGGUCUUGUUGGACGUUAUGUUGUUCAGAGAUUACUAGAAAAUGAACAAAUCGCAGAAAUUCGGAUUAUAGAUCGGCAGAGCACUUCCAGAGAUGAAAGCAGAAAAGUCAAGCUUUAUCAAAUUGAUCUUAAUGAUAGAAAAUCAUUGGAAAAUGCAUUGAGAGGAUGUGAUGGUGUAAUUCAUUGUGCUCAUUCACCAUUUCCAAUUUUUUAUUCAAAAGAUAAAGAACAGAAUAAUCUGAUGUGGAGAGACAAUUUAAAUGCCUGUGAGAGUGUAGUCGACACAAUGACCAAUCUGAACAUCAAGACCCUGGUUAAUAUCGGAUGUGCUUAUUGCCCAAUUCCAAAUGAAGAUAACUAUGGAUUGGCGCAAGACGUGUUUCUUGAUUAUCCAAGAAAUUACAUGCUGGAUGAGUAUGGAGAAUCUCGUACUCGAGGAGAAAUGUAUGCGAGAAAGGCCGCAAAAAAGGGAUCUUUCAAUGGAAUUUUCUUGAGACCAACAUUUGUUUAUGGUCUUGGAAAAAGCAAAAAGAUUGACACAAUCAAAGAAUUAAUUUUGAAUUCUGCUCUACCAUUUGUAACUGGAGAACGACGAGGAAUGCAUCAAUUUAUAUAUGCUGGAAACCUAGCUGCAAUCGCUGAAAAAUCAUUUUUCGGAUUAAUUUACAAUUCGAAAAGAUUGAAUGGAGAAAUUGUGUUCUGUAUGGAUGAGAACUGUGCUCAUUCAAUCAGAGAUUUUUUCGAAAGUCGUUUUCUUAAUCCAAAUUACUGUCAAGAAGUAGCUGUCAGUUAUUGGCCAUCAUUUGCCACUUCGUACUUAAACUAUUGGAAGAAUAUGCUUGGAUUCAAGAUCCCAGAAAACAUUCUAAAUCACGUUGCAUUCCGUUUGUUCUUUGAGAAAACUGUUGGAUUUCCUAAUAAGAAACUGCGCCUGUUAUUGAAUUCUAAACCGGAAAUCUCACAAGAAGAGGCAUUCAAAUUGUACGCGAACUCCAAAGCUUCGUAUUCGAAGGAGGCAGUAAAGAGACCAACUGUGCAAGGAUAAUUCCAAUUAAUCCUAAUAAACUUGAAGUUCAAUCUGUUGAAUCAGUUUCAUUGUGCUUUAUUAAAAAUAAUACUUUGCAAGUUAUCAAAUAAAAAUUGUUGAAGUUU